AUGACGAAGGAGGGUGCUAAUGCUGGACGAGUUACCUCCUCGAAAAGUCGACCGGGCCUGUUCGAGAAGGCAAGUGAAGCAUCUACUCUUUGUGCCGUUGAAAUGGCCCCUAUCCUUCUCUCUCUUAGAGGCAAGCCUUUCUAUUUUGGUCACCCUUCUGCGGAUGCAGUUCGAGAUAGGUCUGAGGGCCCAAAGAUGGCUUGUAUUGAUGCUAAUCAACAGGAUGAAACGGAUGGAGACAAAAACCUAGAGGAACUGAACAAACAAUAUGCCGAUCUGCUCGAGCAACUGAAAGCUGGAAUGCAAGGAACUGAAGAGCUGGAUGAUAUCAAGCCCCCGCAAUUCGAAAACUUUAGCUUUGACCGAGCUUAUGGCACUCGAUGA